AUGGAUGCUAUGCUGCAGAAACACGGUGCAAAACACAUUUUCAGAGUUCCCGAAGGAUUACGUGAGCUCUGUACUGACAUUUCACGAGAGGUCCUUAGAUCACAACCGCAAGACAUUUAUUGUUUUAUCGCCGACUACGUGGACGCCCUUUUAAUCACUCGAGAAAAUGCGAAAGUUGCCGUAAGGGUGGUAAACAAUAUUAUAAUCGGCAGCGAGUCAAUAGUCGGUAUUCUUUACAAAACUGGACUAUCUUUGCAAGAAAUCGCUGUAGCUGCACCGAAAAUUCAGAAAGCUUUCCGUUCAUAUCUAGACGCAAUCGAUGCACAAUCUACUGAGAUUUGCGACGGUAGACUGAUAGAAGAAGAUAGCAGAAUCUCAAUUAGAAAUAUUCUGGAGGUGACCGGAACUUCAUGGGAUGACGCUGACAGAGCUGCAACUAUAAUUCAGAAAGCUUUCCGCGGCCAUUACGAGAGAAUGAUGCUUCGCGAAGCACAAGGAGAGAUCCAGUGGCAACGAGCGGUGAUGAACACUCUUCAAAUAUUGAAAAAAGCUGGAGCUUCCCAGGAAGAAGCCACCGAUGCCGCAAAGCUCAUUCAAUCGGCGUACCGUGGAUAUUACACGAGAAGGAAUAUCAAGAUGAAGUUGGGAGAGGAAGGCGAAGGGAAGGGAAAGCUCCUGGAACCAAGGACCACUAUUCAAGCUGUUGCUUGGCUCGAUAUGAUGUAUGAAGACUCUGGACUUACUCCGGAAAGAGCACAUGAAGCUGCUACUGUAAUACAGAAAGCUUACAGAAGGUAUCGCCAGAGAAGAUACAGCUUCGCUAUAGAAGGGACUUGGUCCAGGAGAUCUUUAGUCGCCAAAGCCAUUGUCGAAAAUAUUCGACAAAGAGUCUUUGACAAUAUCUUGACCCGCCAAGAUAUUCCUGAAGAGUUCGGGACGAAGGACAAUGUUGCCGAUGCCGUUGAGAAAAUCCAUGAAACAUACAAGGAACGACUGAGACAAAUGGAAAUUUCUGCAGAAGAUGAGGAAAUGUAUGAGUCUGAAGACAGUAUCGGGAACGAAGCAGAAGAUGCAGACGAGGAAGGCCAACAUCCUUAUGAACCUCCUGCCGAGGGUUUCAACGCCGAUCAGCAUCGUCACAGUGAUCAGAUUAAUUUUGUCAAAUGA